AUGGCCAAAAGCGCGAGAGCCAGCGUUAUCAAGAAGAACAACCAGAGACUCAAGGCAAAUGUCUUUGGUCCCGUUGAGCAGGCCAGAGCCGAGCGUCUCUCGGCGAAGCUGCUAGAAUUGGCAAAGGCCCCCAAGCCUGAGAGGGAGGCAGACACCAAGAUGGAUGUUGAGGAUGACGACGACGCGGAAAUCAACGGUGACGAUGAGAAGAAGGAGGCCAAGGCGGAUGACACCUCCAUGGACGUUGACUCGGCGAAACCCAAGCGUCGCUCUGGAAGAAUUCAGAAGCAAAGGAAGAAGACUUCCAAGGUCGUCUUCCCCAAGUACAGCGAUCGUCGCGGAGGCUCCAAGGGCGGAGUUUCCAAGAGAAAGUAA